AUGCUGGGAAAUAACGAGCACUUUUAUUCCGGUCAGGAUGACAAAGAUGGGGAGGAUGAGGAGGAGGAAGAGGAGCUGGGAGGAGAAAGAAGACAAGAGGAGGGUGGACGUGACACAGAGAACGGAGGGCUAGAGGGUCUGGAGGAGGCGGAAAUGACUGGAGGUCGACAAACCUGGGAAGGGAAAGGAGGGGAGGUCAUGAAACCGGCAGCCAUCGUGGUCGGCAGACAGAGAGCAGAGCGCCCGAUAAGGCCGGGCAACCUGGGAAACCGGGGUGUGGUCUACAUGUCAAAUCAAGCCCUGCUACAUCACCAACCAGCCAAUAAGCAGCAGAAUAAUCUCAUCUCAGCCAAUCAGCAGCCUCAUCACCCGGGCCUAAAUGCGCUGCAGAAGAGGCGAGCUCUCAUGGAGCGCAGCAUGACCACCAUGACCCCGCUGGAGGACAAUUUCCCGACCAUGAUGGUGUUCCGCAUCGGAAUCCCAGACAUCAAACAAACAAGGUGUGUCCAGUUUGACCCAGACUGCACCGUGUGGAACGCUAAGCAACAGAUCAUCUGCUCCCUCAAUGAGUCGCUGUGGGACGCCUACAACUAUGGCCUCUUCCAGCCAGCUGGAGAUGGACGGGAUGCCAAGUUCCUGGAGGAGGAGAGGGCACUGCGAGACUACUCACAGACCUAUGAGAAGGGGGUGCCUUACCUGGAGUUUAGGUACAAAACCAGAGUUUAUAAACAGACAAAUCUGGAUGAAAAGGCUCUGUCCAAACUCAGCACGAAGGCCAGUCUGAAGAAGUUCUUGGAGUACAUUCAGACUGGAGCGAUCGAUAAAAUGGCAAAAGUCCUCGAUAAAGGUCUUGAUCCAAAUUUUCAUGACCCUGACAGUGGAGAGACCCCGCUCUCUGUUGCUGCCCAGUCUGGCCUGUCGGUGGAGGGCAUCAGGGUGCUGUUUCAGGGUGGCGCUCAUUUGGACUUCAGAAGCAGAGAUGGCCUGACAGCAGUGCACAAAGCUGUCAGGGCACAAAAUCAUGCUGGGCUGCUGGCUCUUUUGUCUCUCGGAGCAUCUCCAAAUUACAAAGACCGCUGUGGCCUGACCCCGUUGUACCACACUGUACUGACAGGGGGCGACACCUCCUGCUGUGAGACCCUGCUGUAUUACAGGGCCAGGAUGGGGACAAGGGACGAGAAUGGCUGGGACGAGUCUCAUCAGCACAGGGAUGAAGAGGAAUUUGGAAUGGAAGAAAUGCAUAAGGCAUGCCAGAACGGCUUUGCCCAGCACUUGGAGCAUCUGCUGUUUUAUGGGGCGGACACCUCCUCUCAGAAUGCCUCAGGGAACACUGCACUUCAUAUUUCUGCCCUGUACAACAAGGAAAGCUGUGUCCGUGUUCUUCUGUAUAGGGGAGCAAAUAGGGAGGCAAAGAACAAACGUGGUCAGACACCUUUCCAGCUAGCUGUAAUGUCCGGUAAUUUUGAACUUGGGGAAAUCAUCAAAAACCACAAAGAUACUGACAUAGUGCCCUUUUUGGAGUCGCCAAAGUAUGUUCCCAAGCGCAGAGAGAGCUCCCACACCUUGCCUCUCCCUUCACUUCAUUCUCACCCCCUCCUGCGUGCUAACAGCGAUAACACCAUGACCCAGUCUGACCCCCUGGCCCUGCCCAACAAGACUGCAACCAAUCCCAACCUGGGACAGGGUUAUCGUAGAGCCUCCAUAGGCAUGAGAAGCUCCAGCAGCCCCAGAACUCGAACUCGCUCCCCAUCCAGAGGAAGAGGAGGCCAAAGUGAUACAGAGGAGAGGCACCGGCAGCCAAGAGGCAGACAGGGUGCACCCCCAGCAGGCAGUAGUGCAGGUCAGAUGAAGCGUAUGUACAGUGCUGUGCCUGGACGGGUUUAUGUGGCCACUCGUGCUCACUCUGCUAGUGGAGACAGAGAGCUGUCACUGAGCAAAGGAGACAAAGUCAAAGUGUUGAGCGUGGGAGAGGGUGGCUACUGGGAGGGCACAGUGAAAGGUCGUACCGGAUGGUUUCCUUCAGACUGUGUGGAGGAGGUGGCGGGUGUCAACAAUCGAACAGAGACACGCAGCGAGAAGGCCAAAAGGAAGCUUUUCCGUAACGUCACAGUCGGAGCAUAUGAUGGCACGGACGGGCCCAGUGACUACAUCAUUAAGGAGAAGACAGUGCUCCUACAGAAGAAAGACAAUGAGGGAUUUGGCUUUGUGCUUAGAGGAGCCAAAGCUCAGACUCCCAUAGAGGAGUUUACUCCCACCCCGGCGUUCCCCGCGCUGCAGUACCUGGAGUCUGUCGAUGAGGGGGGCGUGGCCUGGAGGGCCGGCCUGAGGAUGGGGGAUUUCCUCAUCGAGGUAAAUGGCCAAAAUGUGGUUAAAGUUGGCCACAGGCAGGUGGUCAACAUGAUCAGACAAGGCGGCAACAGCCUCAUGGUCAAAGUUGUGAUGGUUGCUCGAAACCCUGAACUGGAGGAUACAGUUCGAAAGAGAGCCCCGCAGCAGACUAAAAGACUGACUCCUCCUGCCAUCGCACUGCGAUCCAAGUCGAUGACAUCAGAGCUGGAGGACAUGGUGGACAAAGCUGCCUCUCCGUGGAAAAAGAAAGCAGAAUUCGAGUCCUCUCAGGGUCCUGAUAAGAAGAGGACGGUCUAUCAGAUGGCCCUAAAUAAACUGGAUGAAAUCCUGGCUGCUGCCCAGCACACUAUCACAUCCGACAACCAGGGCCAGAGAGGUCACGGAGGCAAGAGGGACCGGAGCAAGAGUAUUGUUCCCAGCAUCUCCGCUGAGCAACCCUACGAGCAGCAGGCGUCAAUGAGUGUGGUGCAACAUGGAGUAGGUUUCGGCUUCAAUCAAGCUCAUUUCCAACCAGGCCACAGUCAGCAUGCAGUCAUGAUGCGACAGAAAUCUAUCGGUGUAACAGAGGAGGAAAGGCAGUACCUCCACCCACCUUCUAUGAAACUGGCUCGCAGCCUCUCAGUUCCAGGACCAGAGGAAAUCCCCCCACCGCCCAACACUUCUGCCCCUGAGCCACCAUUAUCUGCAGGCCCUCAUCCUGGGAGAGGUCCUGCUAUGCCAAUCCCACCUGUGUCUCAACACCAUUACCAGCUACACUCUCAGCCAGGACAACCCAAUUGGGAGAGGGGGGGACCUGGCGGUGUUAAUCAGCAGGUGAUGGUUCCCACACUCCGAAGACAAUCCGAAGGACUGGUCGUCAGAGAGCAGGAAGCGCCGCGGAGAGGUGGAGGCAAGAUGGGAGGUCUACGUAGAGGCUACAGCAGCGCUACACCUCCAACAAGCGCUAAGCCCAAGACCCAACAGGCACCACAGCAUCACCCACAUUUACCCAACAGGGAGCAGGGUGGAGGAGCCGGGAGGGGUGCAGCAAGAAGGGGCGGUCGAGGUGCUCUGAUGAAGCAAUCAAAAAUUGAAGACGGAUUGAGGCAGCACAGGGGAAAAGCAGGAGCAGCCAAAGAGAAGAGCUCCAUCCCUAUUCCUACAAUCAUCGUCAAAGCGCCCUCCACCAGCAGCAGCGGGCGGAGCAGCCAGGGCAGCAGCAUGGAAGCUGAGACGUCUCAGGAUGUAGAAGACCCACCCUCUGUAGACACAACAACAGACAGCCCCAACACAAGUCUACCCUCGCCACUUACUCCUUUGCCACCUCAGCCGCCUACAUCCACCACCACCUUGCCUUCAUCAACGGUUGCUCCAGCAGUUUCUUCGCAAAACUUGGAACACUUGGAUUACUCUUCUACUUAUAGUUCGGCCUUCGGAGGAGGAGGUGGAGGAGGAGGAGCGCGCAGGGAAAGAGAACGUUUUAAAGAAAUGAGGAGGAAGAGUGCCUCCUUCUUUCUUUCUUCUGAGGAGGAUAUCCAAGGAGAAGCAGGAGGCGGAGAAGGGGAGGGGGGAAUGGCGUUAGUGUCAAGAACUCAGCUUACACAGAUGGAGGUGCCCACCCCUCGACUACGGCCUUCUAAGUCUAUAGAUGAGGGCAUGUUUUCUGGUGAUAACUAUGUGAACUACUCCAGCAGCAUGCCCCCGGCGUUUGGCCUGCCAGAGUAUUCCUCCCCCAUUCUCAGUCAGGACGGCCAGCCAAAGUCAGCUCCAUCCAUGUACGGCUCCCAGCCUACCACCACCUUUAUCCACCCGCUUACAGGGAAAGUUCUGGACCCUUCAUCCCCUCUUGGUCUGGCAUUAGCUGCAAGGGAACGAGCCUUAAAGGAUGACCGAAGGACUCGCAGAGAAGAGCGGCACUUUGGUCGGCAGCUGUCUACAGUCGGCGCGUUCCCCACCCCUGUUCAGACCCCAACUCCUUCUCUCUUUGCAACCCCGACACAAUCAGCUUACACCUCCCCAGUGUCUCUCCACCUAAGCUCCCCCACUGCUACGACCUCGCCUGCAUCUCUGAGCCGACCACAGUCACCAAGAAUAUUACGCCUGGGGGGAGGAGGUGGUGGAGAGAGAGUGGAGAGAGAAAAGGAAGGAGGAUCAAGGGAGGGUCUUAGGGUUCGCUUCUCAGAAGACAGAACCAAUCAGUAUUCAACGCAGUAUUACCAACAGAGCCCCAGGGAGAGAGAGAGGGAGAAGGAAGUGUAUGACAGCAGACCUGCUCCACCCAUACAACCUCCUCCACCUCCAAGUCAACCUGCACCCCGGAGACCUUCGUUUCUGCAGAUGGACAGUGCUCCCAACACCCCCUAUAUCCCUCAGUUCACAGCUCCUGCACAGACACAUGAAGCUAUGGGGGACCCAAGAGCAGCUGCAGGUGGAGGUCUUGGACUGAUGGUUCUGCCCCCACCUGCUCCUUCAAUAGACGCAGAGGAUGAAUUUGUCUUUGCAGAUCCCUUGCCCCCUCCACUACAGUUUGCAAAUGGUAAAAAUGAGAGAAUCCAGCCGCAUCAACAAAGGAGUCCACACUCUGCUGCUCCACCUCCACCUCCACCUCUACCAUCUUCCAAGCCUUCAAACGCCCCCCAGACUUCACAGGGCGGAGACUCUGCUGGCUCCAGUCUCACCUCCUAUGACAGUGAGGUGGCUAACCUCACACAGUCAGCACUCUCGCCAUCAUAUCCAUCCCCGCAGAUAUUCCCCCCAUCCUCUACCACCAACGCCACCUCUGCUGCAGCUGUAUCACUGCACAGACCCCAGCCUAUGUCCCACUCUCAUCCAUAUUACAGCAGCUCCAAUGACUCCUCCAUAGGUGGCCACUCACCGGCCCAAGACAGAGGUACAGCGGCCCUAACAUCGACCAUGACGUAUGCUACGACAACCAUGACAGCCACAGCCACCGCCUCCACUACCACCACAUCCCCGUCAUCCUCCGACCACAGCAUGAGCAUAGCGGGCCCCAAAGCUGGCCUCAGCACAGGGGGGAAAUCUGCUGAUCAAACCUACCACUCUACAGUUGGGCCCAAAAGCGGGGACUGGCAGGAUGCAGUGGUGGAUUCUGGGAUUGAGGAACUGGAUAGUCACAGCAGCAGCGAUCAUCACCUGGAGAUGCUGGGACUGAGAGGAGAAAGGGGAGGUGGUGGAGGAGAGGGAGAGAACUCAGGUGGGCAAACAUUUGAGGUUCACAGCGCCAAAAUGGCAAACUCUGUGUUCCCAAAGAUGACUCAUCACAAGGAAGGGGGAGGGAGGGUGCUGCCUGUAGCGCUACGAAGGCAGAACAGCACCAACCCUGCACCUUUGCAGCUUCAGAGACAAAGCAACCCAGAAGACACGAGGUUAGACGGAGGUUACGCAGACGAAAGGAGGCGCAAGCAGAGUCGUUCCAGAAUGGAGGAUGGUUUUAGCUCUGCUCUCGCCGCCUGCUUAGAGAGGCCAAUAGACACUCGAUCAGUAAGUUGGGGUGAAGUUGGGGAGCAUGAGCUUGGUGGAGGUGGAGUGCACAGAGAGGCGAUGGUGUUGGAGGGCCGCAGACUGCACUCACCUCUCUCGGGUGUGAAGGCAAGCAUCAUCAAUGAGCUGAGCUCCAAACUGCAGCAGAUGAGCGGCAUGAAGAGCAUGGAUGACUGGAGUCACAGUCAAAAGUCUCCCACCAUGCACAGGUAUUCUGCUGACUUCACCGAUGCCUUUCACAGCCCUCCCUCUGGCCGCUCCACCUCACCGUUACCCACCUCCUCCCCGCAGCAUCGACAGAUCCUGACACCCAAUCUUUCAGCCACUCCCUCAGUCUCCCCUUCACCCCACGUCCCAGUUCAGCGUAACUGGACACGUUCCCCAUCUCCACAGAUGCCUUCCUCCCCCGUUCACUCCCACCCUCCCCACUCCCCAACAUACUGCCCGUACCCGACAUCUCCUAAGCAUCGGUCCAAGAUGCGCAGGCAGACCUUUGAUUUCCAGUGCAGCCCAACUAAAGAGAUGCGAUCUUCAGUGUCCCGCCGAAGAGCCCCCAGCCCUCUUAUCUAUAACACUGAACAGCAGAGCCCCGCCCCUCCCAGACCUUCCUCCCUUCCUAUUCUCCCCAGUACACCCGUCUACAGUAACCCCUUUGAAUUUCCAGGACCCCUCACUCCUCCGUCACCUGGCCUCCCUCUUGGAGACCCCUACGGCGUUUCAACUCCUCCGCUGUUUUCCCCAUCCGGAGUGCAAAGUCCAAACCCUCUACUCGUCUCCCGCUCUCUGUCCCCAACUCAUUUUCUCUCCGGAGCCUCCUCCCCCAUGCAUCUACCCCCCAGCCCGUCCUGCUUAAACUACCCCCAUCUGACCCCUCCUCCUCCGGCCAAGCCCUUCGCUGUGAAGCCUUUACCCUUCUGGACCAAGUACGACGUGGCCGACUGGCUGGUUUACCUGAACCUGGGCGAACACAGGGAGCGUUUUAUAGACAAUGAGAUAGACGGGUCACAUCUGCCUUCGCUCACUAAGGAUGACUUCUUGGACCUGGGGGUGACACGAGUGGGACAUCGAAUGAACAUCGAGAGGGCGUUAAAGAAACUCACAGACAGGCGUCUCUCCUCUCCUUUGCAUGUCUCUACUUCUCCCCGAGACACAGACUGAGGGAGAGAAGUCGAUGAAAGCAAUGAAAGGAAGGGAGAGAAACAGAAGGAUAAAGAUGAACAAUAACAGAAGAUGUGCAUGAGAAGAACAGUGGACAUCAGCGGGUUGUGUUUAAAGGACUAAAUGCUCGAUGUUUGGAGCAGUCUAUUCUUGCAAAUUUGUAGAGAAAUGUUUGUGGAAAGACUUUUGGUAAAGAAAUUAGGAAUCAUAUAAAAAUGAUACUCUUCAACUGAAGAUACACUUUCAAACUUUUGAUGGACAGGCAUUUAAUUAAUGCACCAUUUUGUGCUGUAAAAGACAAACAUGCAUAUACACACACUUUCAAAGUCUCACGCACACAUUGACAGAUGGAUUCUCACACCAUCUGCUGCCAGGCAGCACUGAGAAAGUUCAGUGAAAAGUUGAAAAGUUGCUGCAUAAAGGGUAAACCCUGAUCAAAUGUUGCGUCUGAGACAGACACACAGGAUUCACAUACUAACAUCAGUUUUGUAGCUUUAAGCAGACCAGAGCAUGGAAAGGUGGUGAGUACAGUAGCCAAAGUCCAAAUAUAUGAGAGAGAGUUAUGUGAAUGACAAUAGAAGAAAAGGUACAGAAGCCAUAAGAGGAAAUGCAUCCAUAUAUUUAAUUUUGCCAUUUUCCUGUGAUAAAGUACACAGCUUGUUGUUUUAUUGAUAUCUAUCUUCUGGGACUGUAAGGCUGGUUUCCCUGUGAUAACAGGUCCGUUUUUUCUCAAGAUCAUCAUCACUGUCAUUGGAAAACAAGCAUUGUUAUUCAAGAAAGCAAGAUAAAUGAGGGCGUUUUCCCGUUAGUCACGAUUGUUUCAUACCAAGAAAGAGCGCUCUUCCUCCACCCUACCCUCUCCCCUACUGGGCUGCUUUUAAUGAGUCAAUCAAUGUUUGGGUCGUAAAAAUGUAUGACCAAUGUUAUCCAAAGACACUUUACAAAGAGAGCAAGUCUAGACCAUAUUCUUAAUUUUAAAGAUCCCAUAUUAAUCCACCAUGAGCACAGCACUUUGAAACUUUGAAUUUGAAAUUUAGGAAACCAGACUUGUGAUGGACAGCCAACAGAAACAAGAAUAAGGAGAUGCAGAACGUGAGAAAACAAGCAGAGCAACAACAGUGUAUAAAAUAGAUAAACUGCUGUCCUGGCCAUUUAAUCUCUCAAAUUGGUAACAUUGUUCAGAGCUUUGUUUUGUACAAAAUCCGAUAAGGUAGAGAGGGGUGGAAAGUAACUUACAUUUACUUACAUUGCUGUAAUUGAGUAGCUUUAUAAUAUGUUUGUAGUCGUUAGUAGUUUAGUAGUUUCUAAAUACCAGUAAUUUUACUUUUAAUUUAGUACAUUUGGGGGGAAGAGUAGUACUUUUGAAAAACACCCACUACUGAAGACACAGUUUAAACUAAAUGGCAACAAAAAUGAGAGGAGUCUGGCUGACAGCCACUCUCACAGACUGUUCAUCUGAGAUGCCGUGUAUCUCAGAGAGAAAGUGCCACAAUUUGUUGGUACAACUUAUUUCGAGUUUUAGAUUUUUUCUUUGAUUCAACUUUAUUCAUAAACAAAGUUUAUAAGUUACAUUUAUGAAAUAACCACAUUGCAAACAUUACAGACUAAGACAUUUCAUAAGUAAAAUGGAGAAAAAAAUUCAGAGGUCUAAUCCGGGAUUAAAUUAUGUAUGGACCCUUUUUAGAAGCUGUUACACCGACGUUAGCUUGCUUUAGCUCUAACGUAGCUGUGCUAGCUACAUAAUUAACAUUACUACAUAAGCCAAUGUAGCUAAAUUAGCUUUAACAACGUAAGAUAACGCAAACAUAGCUAAAGCUAACUCAGCUAUGUAGAUAACAUAUCUACAUAGUUUAUAACUGCUUUGUGAGCUUAGAUUUAACUACGUUAUCUAUGUUACCUGCGUAGCUCUGUAUUCCAAAGCUAAAUUAUCUUAAGCAUCCUGAGCUUUAGCAAACAUACUGUACCUAAAGCUAACUUAGCAACAUAAAUAGUAUAGAUAUAUAGUUUAUGUUGCUGGUUUGUGAGCUUAGUUUUAGCUAUGAAGCUAAAUGGGAUUAACCUGGUUAAAUAAAGGUUAAAUAAAAAUAAAUGGCUGCGCUAGCUGUGUAGCUUUAUUAUCUUUAGCUAAGUUAGCUUUAGCAACAUUAGCUUUAGCAAACAUAGCCAAAGCUAACUUAGCUACAUAGAUAAUGUAGACACAAUUUAGCUACUUUGUGGGCUUAGCUUUAGCUGUGUGGCUAUGUUAGCUACACAGCAAACUAUGUGACAUAUGCAGCUAACCUACCUAAGCUAUGCUUGCAUUAGAAUGUUAUCAUGUCACCUAUAAGUGACUUUACUCAGCUUUGUUUAAUGUUUUGUAAUCAGGUUUUAUAGGUCAGGUUUUUAACGUUUAACUUUUGGUAUCCUACCCCUUACCUUUACUCUAAGGAGAAGUUUAAUCCUAUUUUAUUUUGAAAGUUUUGGCGUGUAUUUUGCGUUCUGAGAUAUGCAGUGUGUCAGGUUAACGGUCUGUGAGAGUGGCUCUCAGAGAUGAAUGGUCUACAACCAGACUAUCCUGACACAAGUGUGUCUAAGCUUUCUGGCUACAAUGUAAAACCAAAAAGUAUUUGGCUUCUGCUACCACAUGACAACAGCAACAAGCAAGAGGAUGAUUCGGCAUUACAUCCAAAGGUUGCUGUUGCACUAUGCUUGAAUGAAAAGUACACCUUUAUAAUAAACAACCUGGAAGGAGAUUCAUUUUCUCUUGUUAUUUUUGCAGUGAACAUGAAUGAAAGAUCAGUUUACUUUUCAACCCCAACCUCUUGGGUUUAAAAGGAACUACUCACUACUUAGCUCUCUGAGUAAACUUCAAGUAAAGUUAUAGACCAGUAAUUUCCCUUUUACUUAAGUAAGUUCCAGCCAGAUCUACUGCACUUUUUAUCAUAUUCUUGUACUUUCCCCUCCUGACAGUAGGUGGCAGUAUCAGUGAAGUCGGUUUUAAAUUUUGAGAAACUCUUCCUACUCCCACAUCAGAAACAGGCUCAUGCUGCUUGGAUAGAACAGUUUUUGAAGAGGCAGGUGAUGUUUAGAUGCUUCAGGACCCACCGCCAAUGCCUGUUUGAGACACUGCUACCCAAAUUUUGAAUAUUUUUAACCAAUCAGAUAUAUUUAGUAAAAAAUAGUGUAGUUGUACCUCAUGACAUACAAAGCAUAUGAAAGAAGAAAGGGAAAGAACAAAACAGACACAUUUUAAAGCACUUUAUUGACUUUUGAAACAUUUUUACCAGGUACAGAUUUAUUACUCAUUGAAAAUGGCACUGAGACCCACGUUUGGGUCAGGGCUCCACCUGAGAAUCACUGGUUUGGAGUUGCAACUCUUCUCUUCUGAGUGCCCCAUACUUGAGCGUUGUUGCAUUCACAUGUCCAAGUAUAGUGAGAGAAUAGUGCCCAAGACCACCUCUUCAUGUGGACCCAGGCACAGUGCCUGUUGCUGGCACUCUUGUCCUCACACUGAUCAAAUAAAACAGACUUGCUGCUCAAGUGUACUUGGACCUGGAUCAAAGUCCUUAAUGUGAAACCAGCCAAUGUUAAGAUCUCCAAACAACAACCAAAAUGUACUUGUGACACAGGGAGGAAAAUAAAAUGUAUGCAUUCAUGUCCACUUCAGGCCUCUGUAAAGUAGACUAUUAUAGUAUUCUUUUAUAUAUUUGCCAUAAUUCCCUGAAAGUAUGCCCCAGUAAGCUUUGUAUGUUUGUUCUUUGCGAGCACUAAAUAUGUCUGACGUGUUGAACAGAUUGACCAUAAGUCGAGCCAUUUGUUUUGUAUGAAGUGCUUAUCGCAAUCAUUAAUUUCAAACUGUUCAGGGUAUUCAUAAGUGUUGAGUUCAAGCUGUGCAUAGUGAGGACAUAAACAUAUUUAGAAAAACAGUUGUGAAAUGACCUUUUGUUAUUUAUUCUAAUGAAAGGAGAGGAUCUGAGAAGAGUUUGGUGUCAAUUCAAACUGCAGCUCAUCUUCUCUCUGACUCUGUUGUCGUUUAUGGCCAUAGCACAGGUCAAAGGAGGGAUAUCUGUCCUCUUUGAUGCCAUAAUGUUGACCGCUCUCUCUCACACAGCAGGUGCAGUGAUCAAAAAGGGCUUUUUUACUGCUUCUCUGUCUGCCUGACCUCCUCAGCCUUCAGCCUCUGUGAGUCUGCGUGUCUGAAUUUGUGCGCGAGUGUUUGUCAGCUAAAUGCUUUCCCUGACCUACACCUUUUCUCUUUAUGAUGCCUUUUUCCAGAACAUAAUAUCAGAAAACAUUGUUUUCUUCUCACUAGCUGACAAUCCCAAUGUUUCCUUGUUCGACAUAAUAAUCCCUGAAAGGAAUACACACUUUACAAAAUGGUUUGUUUUUUUUUCAGAUUGAUAAAGUCAAUUCUGUACAUGUGGAGACAAAGCAUCCUGGAUUUUUUAAAUAUGCCAUACCCAGCAGUAAAUUUAACUGUGAGGCAAACACAUCAUUUAUAGAUCUAUAUGUAAUGAUGAUUUCAACAAUGAUAACAAAAAAUAAAUAGUAUAAUAAAGAUAAUUAUAUUAAGUAUGUAAACAUUUUUAAGAAUCUUUGUCUUCCAGGUAGUGUGGACACAUUUCUUUAAAGCUUUGUUUUUGUUUGAUUUUGGGUUUUUUUUCUUUUCUGUAAAUGCUUUCUAUACUGCUGGCUGUGUGGUGACCCCAGUGAAGCUGACGCCCGUUGUGCAUUUUUCUGUGUGAGUUUAAAUUUAUGACUUUGUAUUGUCAUGCUCAGUUGCCUCAAUGCUGUUGGGUUAUUGUGAGACAUGAAAGGAUUGAGCAGUAGUGUAGAAAGCAUUACAUCCUAUGAUUUCAAGAGUAUUUUUAGGUCUAGUGAAAUGCAUAAUGAAUAUGACUACAUACAGUAUGAGCGUAAGUAUGCAGAGAUUAAAGGUAUAUAUAAAUAUAUACAUAUAUAAAGUUUUGCUUUUAAAUAAAUACAGUAUAUACUGAUAAACUAUAUGAUAGAGGUACAACUAAGGUGUUGAAAUAAAUGAUAAAAUAAACUUUGGCCCUGGUGUGAUUCUCAUUUCUCCUCCGACAGAUUCUCAUAAUGAUCCAAUUUAGCGUGCUGUGUUUGGAUUGAGUCAUUUGGCAGCAACUCGUCUCAGCCCCGCGGUGCUCCAACACGACA